AGGCAAAGUCAUCAAUCACGUCAUUCGAAACACAAAGUCUCAAGUAUAAUUUCUUGUGUUCGCUGAAUAUUACACUAACUGGAAAUUAUUUCUUUGCGACUCAUUCGCUCCCUGACUUUCGCUGCCACUGUAAAAUGAUGCAAUAUCUAAUAGUUCUCACUAUUGCUGGAAUUCUAUAUUUGGAAUUUGGCAUUACACUAUCUUUAGAAGUCACAGGGCGUUUCACAUGCAACGGACAACCCAAGAGUGUCGAUGCUCACUUAGCAAUUGUCGAGGAGGUAGGAAGUGGUAAUAGUGGAGACGAUGGUGAAUUACGGAUUCAAUCGGUCGGCAAACUGACUUCUAAAGCAAAACUAUUCGUUUAUUAUAAGUGCACGCACGUUGGGAUGUGUUAUGAGAGACUUGAGAUUGACAUCCCAACUGAGCAAGAAACUUUCGACUUCGGAACAGUCAACCUAAACCAACCUAAUCAAUCAUUCGUUCGAACAGUAUGUGGCCCUUGGGGCUGGUGAAUGAAGAUUUUGCCUAUAUGUAGUCAAUCUAGUCAUUUGAUAUCCUGAAAUGUGCAACUACACACGCUGCACACAUUGCGCGUCUCAUCGCGGAUUUCGAUGAGUGGACGCACAUCUCC